UAAGAGAAAAGAUACCAAAGGGGAUGAACUGAUAAUAAUUGAGAAUCAAAAUGAUGAAGAAGAGCAGCUCCAGCUCAAACAGAGAUGAUCUUUAUCAUGUUCUUCAUAAAGUCCCUCAGGGAGAUUCUCCUUAUGUUAAAGCUAAACAUGCUCAGCUAGUAGAAAAGAAUCCAGAAGCAGCAAUAGUCUUAUUUUGGAAAGCGAUAAAUGCGGGUGACAGAUUAGACAGUGCACUAAAAGACAUGGCCGUGGUGAUGAAGCAACUCAACAGAAGUGAAGAAGCCAUUGAGGCUAUCAAGUCUUUCAGGUCACGUUGCUCUAAACAAGCACAGGAGUCACUUGACAAUGUUCUCAUUGACUUGUACAAGAAAUGUGGAAAAGUAGACGAGCAGAUCGACUUAAUAAAACGAAAGCUAAGAUUAAUAUACCAGGGAGAGAUCUUCAAUGGAAAACCGACCAAGACUGCUCGUUCCCAUGGGAAGAAGUUUCAAGUCUCCGUUAAGCAAGAAACCUCAAGAUUACUGGGAAAUUUGGGGUGGGCUUACAUGCAGAAACCAAACUACAUGACCGCAGAGGUGGUUUACAGAAAGGCUCAGAUGAUCGAUCCGGAUGCCAACAAGGCCUGCAACUUGGGUCUUUGCCUUAUCAAGCAAGGCAGGUUUGAUGAUGCGGAUUCAGUCCUUGGAGAUGUAUUGCAAGGUAAAAUUCCGGGUUCGGAUGACAUUAAAGCCAGGAAUAGAGCUAUGGAGUUGUUAAUGGAAGUUAAAGCCGUUCAGCCACCUUUGGAAUUAUCUGAUAUUAUGGGACUUGAUGAUCAUGAUUUCUUCAAUGGAAUUGAGCAGUUGAUGAACGAAUGGGCCCCGGUUAGAUCAAAGAGGCUGCCCAUUUUUGAAGAGAUCUCCUCAUUUAGAGAUCAAUUGGCUUGUUAAUUUGAAAAAUAAUAAGAUUUGCAUUAAAAAAAAGUUAUUGGGGUUUUGCUGUAUACAAUUGUAUUGGUGUCAGUCUCGUUUAUAUACAUGUAGGGAUGAGUAUGCUGU